GAUAAGAAUAUUGUUAAUGCAAUCAAUAAAUUGUCUUCAGAAAUAAUAGAAAGUAAUCAAGCUAUCAAGCUUAUAAACAAAGAUAAAGAGAUCAUUGCUACUAUCAGACAUGCUAUCAUUACAUAUGCAGAAAACUUAAAAGAACUCAAAUUUUCCUUUUCUGAGUCUAACUUUAAUAAUGCUUUUCUGAAUAUAUUAGCAAAGAGAUUCUUAAACAAACAAGAUCUUAAGAUAGAUAUUGGAAAGUUAUAUGCUGAACUUUUUUUAACGUAG